CUACUCUAUCUCGUAUCUCCCAUCUUAUAUACAUUAGUUGAAACGUCAAAAAAAAAACAAGCUUUUCUGUUAGCUAGAGUGGUUUUCAGGAUCCCAGAACGGUAUUCUGGACGAAUUAGAUCCAAAAUUAUGGGAAACUGCAUGAAGACAUGCACGCAGAGGCUACAAGCAGAGGAAAUGCAGCAGCAGCAGCAGGAGGAAUAUGAGAGAGAGAGAGCAAGUGGGUUUGUGCAGGAAAGUAAUUUUGGGAAAGGUGCCAUAAGGGUUAAGAUUGUGCUGACAAAGGAAGAGCUGGAGUGGUUCAUUCUACAGCUGAAUGAUAAAGAAGGAAAGAAGCUGGCCAUGGAAGAUGUUUUCAUUGAGAUUGAAAGAGGAAGAUCAGGAUCAAGAGUUGAGGGAUGGAAGCCUUCUUUGGAAAGUAUCAUGGAGAGCCCUGAAUUGCUUGAGAUGGACAGAUCAUGAUCAAGGCCGUUUUGUUCAAAUAUAUUAUUUCAGCCUUUGUUUCUUCUUUCCCUCCUUCAGUUUGAUGUGGGUUAUGAUCCAAACUUGUAAUUAAAUUUUCUUCUUAGCUAGAGGACAUACAUAUAUAUAGUGGUUGACAUGGAUGUUUUGAGUACCUUAACCGAGAUGAUCUCUUUUUCUUCAUGUUCGAAUUUAGUUCCCCAUUCUC